ACGAUCCGGGGUAAAAUCCUCAAAAAAUACUGCGAACGCACUCUAGCGAUUUAGCAAGCUCGUCGCGAGUCCAUUUAUUCUGACUCCUGAGCCGUCGUUCGCGACUUCAAUACGAAAUCGUCUAUCCACCUACCUACCUUCAUUUCCAUCAUGGAUUACCUACAAGAGCAAAUCAUCCCAUACCUUCGAAUCUCAUCCAUGAAAAACAUCCAAACACUCACAUCCGGGCACCUCUCUUCGAUCCGCACCAGCUAUCUCGAACCAUACAUCAUCCAACCCCUCUCUUCUCUCCUCGCUUCUUCCACCCCCGACCUCGUAUCCGUGUUUCUCCUCGCGCUCAUCUUGCUCAUCUCCCUCAAAGUCCUCGACUAUGCGCGCCGUGUUAUCGUCUUUUGGAUCACGCUAGCGUUCCGGUUGGUGUUUUGGGGAACUGUGAUCGGGGUGGCGUAUUAUGUUUAUACUGUGGGUGUGGAGAAGACUGUUAAGGAUCUGGGAUGGUUGUGGGGUAUCGCGGAGGGGUUUGUUGAGGAUUUAGUGCAGAAUGGCAGUAGCCAUGCUGCGAAUGGGGGGAAGUAUGGAGGUGGAUAUGGGUAUGGAUAUGGAGGAGCUGGGAAGCAGCGGUAUGGACGGGAUUCGAGGAGUGGGUAUGGAAAGAAGACAGGAAGGGGAUGGUGAUGAUUGGUAGACUUUUUAUUGAAGGCAUAAUGUCCAGAAUGGGCGCGUUGGAUUAUGAAUUUUUUUAUGAGCGUUGUUGGCUGUUUAUGAAUACAUGAUGAGCUACGGAAGUUUGGUUUUGAGGUUCUCAGAGCAGGAGUUGAUUGUUUUCCGGAAGCUCGAAUGGUCUAUAGGUCUAUAGGAUAUUCAUUAGAUUUAUUCAUUCUGCCAGUGGGCUAUUUUGCGAUUUUGAGAUGUCUUCCACAAUCGAGAUGUGAUAUCAGUGGCUCUCCCAUGCUGAUCUCCCGUCGCCAAUCGG